AAGACUAAAUCACAACUUAGAUUAGCCGGUAUUAUACACAUACAGUCAAAAUGGUUUUCAGAUUCCCAGUUAAGUUUGCUAUACCCAAACACGCACAUGUUAAUACCCGUGUUCUUAGAGAUCAACAUAAAAGAGUCCAAUUUGCCGAACACGAAGUAACAAGAAAUGCCUUGAGAUAUAUUGCCAGAAACACUGAGUUACAACCAAGAGUAAGAUUGGAAGCACAAUUACAAUUAAGUACCAUGCCAGCAUAUACUUCUUAUACUACUAUUAAAAAUAGAUGUGUUGGUACUGGUAAAGCUAGAUCUGUUCUUUCUGAUUUCAAACUUAAUCGUACUGAUUUUAGAAAUAAGGCUAGAAAUGGGUCUAUUCCUGGUGUCAAGGUUGCUUCUUGGUAGAGAAAUAACAUAGCUUGUAUAUAUUUAAUGAAUUAGAUUAAUUUGAGAGA